CGCACAAUCGCAAAUAUUUCAUCCUAUGGCAUCACUGACGAGCGAACUGUUGUUGCUGCCGUUCUUUUCACUUUCGUUUACGUUUUAUUUGGCAAUUUGUGUGUUUUGUUAACACCUGUGAUAUUUCGCCAUCGGUUCGUGGCAGCAAGAUGAUGAGAAUCGGUGGAAAACCCAGGACCAGAAGCAGCAGAUAAUAAUAGAAGCCCAACAGAGGCUCCGAGUGUGUGCCUGUGUGUCUGUUGUGCGUCUGUGGUUGUGUGUGUUUUUGCAAAAAACAAAACCGGAAAAGCCAAAAACUAACAGACACGAAUGCGGAUGCGGAUGUAGUUGCGGAUGUUAAGCUUAAAGCGAAUAUUAUCCCCUAAAACAAAAUGCAAAUUCUGCAAGUGCUUUUGGCAACGCUGUUGUGUAGCUUCGUUUUAGGCGCCAACAUCCUCGCAGUUUUUCCCAGUGUCUGGAAAUCGCACUAUCUCUUUGGCCGGAGAUUGCUUCAAGAGCUGGUUGGAAGUCCGGCAAAUUAUUCAGUGACCUUGAUCAGUCCACAUGCCGCCCAGGAAAAUGCGGAUGAGGGAAUUCCCAGGAUCAGGGAGCUGCGAAUCGAGGGACUCCGGGAGAACUGGCUCGAUAUGGGAAUGAGUUUCGAGGCCGAGGAAAUGCGAUCGCAAAGCGUGAUGGAGAGGUUCACUCGACUGAUCUACGCAGGCACAACCAAUGUUGACAUCCUACUGUCCGAUCUCCAAGUGCGAAAACUCCUGACAAGUGGUGAAAAAUUCGAUCUGCUCAUAGUGGAUUUGUUUCUAAGCGAUGCUCUGUUAGGCUUGGCUUUCUACUAUGGCAUACCCACCGUCGCAAUCAGUCCCACCGGCGCCAAUUCCUGGCUGAAUAACAUGUUUGGCAACCCGCAGUCCUCUUCACUGGAUCCUAGCAAUUUCUUACCCUUCACGGAGAGAAUGAACACAAGACAGAGGAUUUUGAACUCCCUAAUGAGCACUUUCGAGCGGUUGACCUACAACUUCUUCCACCUGAUCUCCCAACAAUCGGUGUACACCAAUCACUUUGAAAUGCUUGUUAAGGAACUUCCGCUUUAUAAAGAUCUGACGAAGAAUCUGAGCCUGGCAUUGAUAAACUCGCAUCCUGGAUUACAUUAUUCACGCGCCUAUUUGCCAAAUAUGGUGGAAGUGGGAGGACUGCACUUAAGCCCCUCAAAUGAACUCCAAUUGCCAAAGCAUCUUUUGUCGUUCAUAGAGUCUGCUCCUAGUGGAGUUAUCUAUUUUAGUCUGGGAGCAGAUGUGCAAACAGCUCAGCUGCCUCAGGAGAAGCUGUCCAUUAUUCUCGAUGUCUUUGGCCACCUUACGGAGUUCCACUUUCUGCUGAAAUGGGAAAGGGAGGACUUCACAGUGGAGCAAGAGCUGCCAGCGAACGUGAUGAUUGCAGAUUGGUGGCCGCAACAAGCGAUUCUAAGCCAUCAGCAGGUCAAGAUGUUCAUAAGUAGCUGCGGACAGUUGAGCGUCUGGGAGUCAAUAAAUGGACUAAAGCCCAUCCUUGCCAUACCCAUAUUGGCCGAACAGGAAGUGAUGGCCAAGCGUCUGCACCAUCAUGGAGUCUCUUUGACCGUUGGCUACGACUCCAUUGCUUAUGAUUCCCUGCUCCACGGAGUAAGGCAACUUACCCUUAACACCAGCUAUGUGGAGAAGAUGAAUCAACUCAAAGAGCGACUGAUUAGCAGCGAUUCGUCGCCAGCUGAAAAGGCAGUGCGGAAGAUCCAGCUUAUAUUGGAUUCUGGAGGAGCUGACUUCCUCAAGUCCCACGCGAAUACUCUAAACUUUUGGAGAGCCGAGGGUGUAGAUGUACUACUCAUCAUAACCCUGGGCAUUUCCGGAAUUUUAAUCAUUCCCUUCUUGGCCAUUUGUAUUGUUUUAAGAAAGUCCUACCACAGCCAAGCGGCGCAGGAUCAACCAGCCUGCAGAAGCAACCUUAAAGUAGUUGGCAGGGUGCAUAGCUAUGGAGAUCAGGGCAGUUGCAAGUCCCCCAAAGGAUCGGAGCCUCUCAGGAGAACGCGUUCAGCCCAAUCCUUGUCGGCUCGGUCCAGCUCAUCGAGCAUGAGUUCCACCACACCCACGAGCCUGUCAACAGCAUCCACCACUCCGCUGGACCUGACUCCACCGCCUGCGAUUCAACUGCUCGGACAGGUACCGCCAUUGCAACUGUACGUGAAUCAGCAGCGGAUAUACUCAAGCGUUCGCAGGACUUCACAGGAGGAGAACGCCGAACGAAGGUGCUCAUAACAAAAUUCCGCGAAGAAACCAUUAACUUUAACUUAGCGUGGAUCAAAUGGAAAGGAUGAUAAACUUAAUCCAAUUUACAUCACGAUGGUAAGCUAAGAGUAGGUUAUCAACUAUAUUGUGCAGUUUACUAGCUGGACUUAGCCUAAGCAGCAAAAGUAAAUUCGGUGGUUGAUGGUGCGGAACUAAUCUUUGGGCAUUCAAAAGACACAUGAUUUUACUUCGAUCAAAUACUAAUUCAAAUUAUAUUCAUUUUCAAGCUGACCCUCUUUAAAGUUUUUUAUUUUUAUUUAAUAAAUAUAUUUUGAAUUGAACUAAUUCAUUAAUCCAUUUAAACGCUUUUAGUUGUCCAAUGAGUAGUUUCUUAUCCAGUAAUCCAGUGUCACAAAAAAUGAUCCACCUUAAACUUACUCUAUAUAUAUAUAUAUAUUCGGAAAAUAGUAGUAAGUGUGAUUUUUGUUAAUACUUGUGAAUGUGUAAAAGAAAAUUGUGGUUUUUAUAUUUGGAUAAGUCUUAAAGGUUAUAAAUUGUAUAUAUUUUUUACUGUAUUUGGAUUUUACUAUUUCUGUUUGAGCAAAAGUUUUGAUUUUAAUGGAAGAUCAUUUUUACCGAACGAAGUAUAAGAAUAUAUAAGGAAUCAAAUUUGUUUUGUGUUUCUGAUAUAGUCAGAGCUGUUUGCCGCAAUCGCUUUCAAUUAAUACUUCAAUUCAAAGACUGAACAACUACUUUCGUAUACCCUUCAAAAGACAAAAAUAUGCUUAAAAAACAAUAAAUGCGGUUAAACUGCACAGUUAAGCUCAAGCAUGCAUCUAAAUAUUGAAAGUAUGUGUAUUUCCUAAUGAUUAAUUUCAAACUGAAAUUAUCAACUCAAAUGUUUUUAUGGUAAACCAAUUGGAGUAAAGUUUUUAACAUGUGCGAAAACUUUUUGCAGUUUUCGUGUCGGUUUAUUUUGUUUUGAUUAUUUAGACUAAGAAUAUUUUAUAAAGCCAUGUAUGAAUUGUUAAAUAAAAUAUUAAAUAUUCACCAGA